AUGCACUCUGUCACAAGUCAUGGCAUCAUGGAAGAGAUCAAGCACGAGGCUAUGGUCAACUUUCUCUUCCAACAGCAGUGCAAGAAGCUCUGGAUUAGCAACGGCAGUGGCGGCAUCGAAGGUGUACUUGUACGAAAGUCGCGAGGCAACUACGCAGCGUGCCCGCCUGCGUUGGCCGAAUCCGCGCUCGGCUACUACGCAUCGCUCAUCAACCUCCCGGUUGUCAUCACAAUCAACUCCCGUGUCAUUCAGACAUUCGUUCAGUACACACCGAACGCGACCGACGUCCCACUCGGCAAGGGUCUGCACAUCCAGAUCCUUCCCUCGAUCGAUGAUCUUCCCAAGGCGCGCAAGAACCAGGGUGCUGCUUUCCUUGCAUCCGAGCAAUUGCUUUUGGUCUGGGACGAUGACCCGAACGCAAUCUUCGGUCGUGCGACACACAUUGAAGAUGAGUUGAUGAAGCUUGUCUGGAGGGCUGGUGAGCCGGAGGAAGAAGAGGAGGUCACCACCGAGAAGAAGGGCCCUGCAGUCGUCGAAACCGAGAUCGAUGAGGAGACUGGAGAGUUCAAGCCCGAGAACCGCCCCACAAACAUCAUGAACGGUGUCUUGGUCGGAUGCACACUGGUCAUCAUCACAGUCAUGUUGGGUCUUGGAUUCAAGCAGAUCGCCGUACAGGUCAUGGUCGACAAGAACUACGUCCGCAUUGCAUUCUUGGUCCUGAUCCCGGUUCAGAUCUUCUUCACCCUCUUCUUUGCGCAGGUCAUCGUCGGUUGUAUUGCACAGAUGAUUGGUCCCAUUCGCCAGAUGAAGAGCAACUCCAGGUACUACUCCGCGCUUCUCCCCCGUCGCAUCACCGGCAGGCUUCCCCACAUCACCGUCCAGUGCCCUGUCUACAAGGAGGGUCUCCAUUCCGUUAUUGCGCCAACUGUCAAGUCGCUCAAGGCUGCCAUGGCUACCUACGAACUUCAGGGUGGAUCCGCCAACAUCUUCAUCAACGACGACGGUCUACAGAUCAUUGACGAAGAGGAGCGUCAGGCACGUAUCGAGUUCUACCAGGACCACAGCAUCGGCUGGACUGCCCGUCCCAAGCACGGUGAGGAUGGCUUCGUCCGCAAGGGAAAGUUCAAGAAGGCCUCCAACAUGAAUUUCGGUCUCAUGCUUAGCAACAACGUCGAAGAGAAGCUUGCUCUCGUUCAGCGCGAUGAGUCCUGGACUCAGGACGAUGAGGCUAAAGAGUACGACCGCUGCCUCAAGGGGGUUGUUGAGGAGCACGGUCGCGCCUGGGCUGAUGGCAAUAUCCGUAUUGGUGACUACAUCAUUCUUAUCGAUUCCGACACCCGUGUCCCUAUCGACUGCUUUCUCGACGCCGCCUCUGAGAUGGAGCAGUCUCCUGAGGUCGGUAUUAUGCAAUUCUCGUCCGGUGUCAUGCAGGUUGUCCACGACUACUUUGAGAACGGUAUCACUUUCUUUACCAACAUGGUUUACACUGCCAUUCGUUACACUGUCGCGAAUGGUGACGUUGCUCCUUUCGUCGGUCACAACGCCAUUCUCCGCUGGUCUGCUGUUCAACAAGUUUCGUACUUCGAUGAGGACGGCUAUGAGAAGUUCUGGUCUGAGUCCCACGUUUCCGAGGAUUUCGAUAUGUCUCUGCGUCUCCAGGUCAACGGCUAUAUCAUCCGUCUUGCUGCUUGGGCCGGCGAAGGUUUCAAGGAAGGUGUCUCUCUGACCGUCUAUGAUGAACUUGCUCGUUGGGAGAAGUACGCCUACGGCUGCAACGAGCUUCUGUUCCACCCUAUGCGCUUCUGGAUUACUCGUGGACCUUUCACCCCUCUGUUCCGAAGUUUCUUGUUCUCCAACAUCCGUUUCACCUCCAAGGUCACUAUCAUCUCGUACAUCGGAACCUACUACGCCAUCGGUGCCGCCUGGAUCAUGACAUUGGCCAACUACUUUGCUGUCGGCUGGUUCAACGGUUACCUUGACAAGUACUACCUCGACUCCUGGAAGGUAUGGUUCUCCAUUGUCAUCGUCUUUACUGGUCUUGGUAACUUGUCCCUCGCCAUCAUGCGCUACCGUGUCGGUGACAAGGGUUUCUUUGCCUCGCUCUUCGAGAACAUCAAAUGGAUCCUCAUGAUGGCUACUUUCCUUGGUGGUCUCUCCCUACACGUUUCCUCCGCUCUUCUCGCUCACAUGUUUGAAUACAAUAUGCAGUGGGGUGCCACCUCCAAGGAAGCCGAGUUCUCCAACUUCUUCACCGAAGUGCCCAAGGUGCUCAAGAGCUUCAAGUACUCUCUCAUCUUCGGCAUUAUCGGUAUCGCCGGUAUGAUCAUUCUUGCAGUCGGUCCCUUCAUUCCCUACGGCUGGCAAAUCACCGAUUUCGUCGCUAUCCUGCCCAUGGCCAUGGUUUGCGGAUCGCACUUGUUGUUACCGAUUGCGCUCAACCCUGCGCUCAUGACUUUCACUUUCUAA